UUGUGUAGUGUUGUGCAAAAAUGACUGACAACGUGCCCGUCGCCGAGCUCCAAAAACUAAAUUUAAACCAGCAAAAGGCAUGAAAUAGUAUUUUUCCUAUGUAAAUUUCACUAAACGAACUCUUGUGCAUCAUAAUGCGACUCGGGGCGCCUAUAACCGGGCUGAAUCGGGCGAUCAAUUUCCGUUUCAAUAUCUGUGGUAGUGGUAGCUUGCUGGUGCAACAACAAAACCAACAACAGUUUCGCCAACAUCAGCCUACUCGGUUGCAGUGGUUUCCGAGUGGGCCACCACGGUGCCAAUUUGCAACACUGGCAAGUAAAAUGAAGAAAGAAAAGCAGAAAAACCAACAGGAGAAAGGAAACGGUGAUUCGUCAGCUACAGCUGCAGCUGGAAAACCUGCACCUGAGUUCAUUGAUCAUCGAAUUAAGAUCUACGAUGAAUUGAAAACGCAGUAUUUGGAAGAGUUGGCCAAUAAGCCGAAAAACGCUAUCAAGGUUACCCUCCCGGAUGGCAAAGAAGUCGAAGCCACCAGUUGGGAAUCUACCCCGUAUGAUGUGGCCAAGGGUAUCAGUCAGGGGCUUGCCGACAAUACGGUCAUAGCCCGCGUCAAUAACGAACUGUGGGAUCUGGAUCGUCCGUUGGAAAGUGAUUGCAAGCUGCAGUUGUUGAAAUUUGAUGACCCGGAUGCACAGGCCGUGUUCUGGCACAGUUCGGCACAUAUUCUUGGUGAAGCAAUGGAAAAUCGAUACGGAGGUCAUCUUUGCUAUGGACCACCAAUCGAGAAUGGAUUCUACUACGACAUGUUCUUGGAAGGAAGUGGAAUCUCUAAUCAGGACUACGGUUCACUGGAGAGCGAUGUCAAGAAAAUUGUCAAGGACAAGCAACCCUUCGAACGGCUGGAAAUGAAGAAGGCCGAUCUGCUGAAAAUGUUUGAAUAUAAUGAAUUCAAGUUACGUAUUCUGAAUGAGAAGGUGAAAACCGACACCACAACUGUCUAUCGUUGUGGUCCAUUGAUAGAUUUGUGUCGUGGACCCCAUGUCCGCCACACCGGUAAGGUUAAAGCCUUGAAGGUGGUUAAGAACUCCUCGACCUACUGGGAAGGUAAGGCCGAUGCCGAAACUUUGCAACGAGUUUACGGAAUUUCGUUUCCCGAUCCCAAGCAACUGAAGGAAUGGGAAAAGAUUCAGGAAGAAGCAGCCAAGCGCGAUCACCGAAAGCUCGGAAAAGAACAAGAACUGUUUUUCUUCCAUGAGUUGUCGCCUGGUUCAUGCUUCUUCCAACCCAAAGGGGCACACAUUUAUAACACACUGAUGAACUUUAUUCGUGCGGAAUAUCGUAAACGGGGAUUCCAGGAGGUCAUUACACCAAAUAUCUACAAUGCCAAACUGUGGCAAACCUCUGGCCAUUGGCAGCAUUACGCCGAAAAUAUGUUCUCGUUUGAAAGCGAAAAAGAAACAUUUGCCCUUAAGCCCAUGAAUUGCCCGGGACAUUGUCUGAUGUUCGAUCACCGUAAUCGAUCGUGGCGGGAGUUGCCUCUCCGAAUGGCUGAUUUUGGAGUACUGCAUCGCAAUGAACUGUCCGGAGCGUUGACCGGCUUGACCCGCGUACGUAGAUUCCAGCAGGAUGACGCUCACAUAUUUUGCAUGCCAGAUCAAAUCAAACAGGAAAUCACCGGAUGCCUUGAUUUCCUGGCCCAUGUUUACGGCGUGUUUGGAUUCACCUUCAACCUUGUCCUGUCUACUCGUCCGGAGAAGUAUCUUGGAGACAUUGAAGUUUGGAACGAAGCUGAAAAGGCUCUGGCUGAAUCCCUGGACAAAUUCGGUCAACCAUGGAAAGAGAAUCCAGGUGAUGGCGCUUUCUACGGUCCCAAGAUCGAUAUUACCAUAAUGGAUGCUCUAAAGCGCAACCACCAGUGUGCUACCAUUCAGCUUGACUUCCAAUUGCCAAUUCGUUUCAACCUGAACUACGUUGACGAUAACGGGGAGAAGAAGCGACCCGUUAUCGUGCACCGUGCUGUGCUGGGGUCCGUUGAGCGCAUGAUCGCUAUCUUGACGGAGAACUAUGCAGGAAAAUGGCCAUUCUGGUUGUCGCCUAGACAGGUGAUGGUCGUUCCUGUCGGACCACAGUAUGAUGAGUACGCUGACAAGGUGCGACUGCGCCUGCACGAUGCUGGAUUCAUGGCUGAAGCUGAUCUGGAUGCCGGUGAUACCAUGAACAAAAAGAUCCGUAACGCGCAGUUGGCACAGUACAACUUCAUUCUUGUUGUUGGCGAAAAAGAACGUAGCUCGGAGACAGUAAACGUGCGUACUCGCGAUAACAAGGUCCAUGGUGAAGUAUCGGUCGAUGAUUUAGUGGCAAAACUGCGCAGACUAUCGGAUGAGUUCGCUAAAGGAGAAGAUCAGUUUUAAGGUUCCGAUCCCGAAUGCUGUGCGCAGGAUUAUCUGAUGCAUUUAGGCUCUUGGUAGUUAUGGGUUUGAUCGAACUCUUUAAAUACUAUUCACCUAUUAAUUUAUAAUUGCAUAGUUGCUUACGGAAAAUAACAUUUUCGUCCUGAAUCAAG